UCCGUAUUACAGUAUAUUAUUUAGACGGUUAAAUUGUUUCCGUAGGCCGGAGAAAGAUGUGUUUGUAGUUCGUGAAAGUGUGAGCUCUUGAUCACCGCACAUCACAUUGAGUACAACAUAAUAAGGACGGCUGCAUUGAGGAUAAGCUCUAUUUCGAAGGAUGAUGGACCAUUAUUGUGAACGGCCAUCUGCGGAUAUGAAUUCACAUGAAAAUUACUGGACUGACAUUCAUGCAAAGAAAGUGAGAGUUAACAGUGUUACAGUUAAAAGAAAAAUCGGUCGGAGAGGGACUUCUACAGAUUUCAAUAUGUGUAAAACUAAUAAACUUUAUCAUAACCCUAAUUUAAUGUCCAUAUUUUGGAUAAGUUUUCUCGUGAUUCACUUAUGUGCCUUUGCUUCUACGAACGCUGAAAAUUUUGGCAUUGAAAUUGAACCUAGUCAAAAACUUUUUGAUAUUGAUCUUGAAAAGUUGGAUGAUAUCGACGAUUUCUCUUCGACGCCGACAAGAUUUGAUUCGUUCGGAACAAAUUCAAAUAUUGGCGGAAGAAACCUUCAUAUGUUUGCGGUGACGGGCCAUGUUUUCAAUCGGUCUUUGGCGGAAGAACUACUGAAGUUUGACAAAGGCGUGAUGUCUGAAGGCGACACUUUGAAGGUUCACUUCCCGACUUCUCAGUUACCUGACUAUGAAUGGAUGGUAUUUCAUGAAGACUCCGGAUUACUACAGGGCGUUCCACUACCCAGACACGAAGGUGUUAACAAUAUAUACGUUACCAUCACUCAUGUCAAUACUCCUACAAAAUCCAGUCUAACUCUUCCUUGCACAAUUGAAGUAGUGACCGAAAAAGCGGCUCUCGAAUUGCGGCAGGAAUUGUCUUAUCUUCCGAGGCUUAAAAUCGACACCCCUUACAUUUGUCCACAUCAUGAACCAGUAGCUAUGGCCACAGUUGUUAUGGAAGUAGAUCCAAGUGCCUUGUCGUUCACCGAGAGGUUACGGUGCCUUUUAAGUCUUUCUAGUUUUCUUGGCGUCCCUUAUAAAGACGUGACGCUGCUUUCACCGGAAAACUCAAUAAAGAAAGAGAGCCCUUUCCUGUCUGGACCUGGUAAUGUGCCAAAAUUCCGAACACAUAGAGGAGAUCGUGACGUCAGCGAUUUGAUGACGUUGUCGUGGCCGUUGGGUUGCAGUUCUGACAUCAUCGGUGACAUUCCCGGACUGGACAAGCUAGAAACGACAGCAAUAGACGGUUCUCUGGCGCAAGCUAUUGGAUACGGCGUUGUAGAAUGGCAAAUUGUGAAUAAAAUACACCAAGUAAAUCGAGUACACAGAACGAAACGGCAAGUCGGAAAUGCCGACAGUCCAUAUCCAAGAAGAUCUAACCAAGGAGAAACAGAACAAACCGAUUUGAUCAACCCCAGCGGAGCGAGGUCAAGGGUCGCGGUCAACAUGAUCCGCCCCAGCGCAGUUGUUGGAAUACCGAUCAUGGCUUCCAAAAUGGUGACACCGCCGUUGGCCAGAACACAGAAAGUCGUACCACCCCAUACUCCAUAUAUAACCAAGCCUUCGCGAUCCAAGACGCGUGCACCACCUCAAGUACCGACUAACGAGGCACCCAUGAUGUUGUUCGGUAUGGAAAAUGUUAAAGCAAUAGAAGGAACGUACAUGGAAUUCAGAAUUCCUCAGGAUACGUUCAUCGAUCAAGAAGAAGGAAUGACAAGAAAUCUUGAAUUGCAGGUAAUGGAUUUAGUAACCAACAAAUUUAUACAAAAUGAUGGAGAUUUUCCAUUGUUUGACCAAGGAGCUCAACUAAUAUACGGUGUUCCGGAUGAAAAUGCUCCGGCCGAUAGAGAAUAUAUGCUUGCAGCUAAAGACAGUCAAGGAAAGUCUGGCUCGAUAAAUUUCUCGAUUUUUGUCAACCACAAUGUUCAGAAAAAACCAGAGAGUCAUAAAUAUACAUUUGUAUUUUCUGAUUCUCCUGAAUUUGGCGAGAACGAAAUGCAUUCACUGUACAGUUCAUUCGGCAAAAAACUUUCUGUCGCUCUUGCCAAAAGCGAAAAUAUGCCCGGAGUGUUAUCGAUAAUUAAAUCAGGGAAAACAAAGAACGGUGAAAGAUUUAUUACAUGGUUCGAUCGAGAAUUCAACGACAAACUAUCCUGUCAUUCUGCUGGAAUUGGAAUUAAACGAGAAGCUAAUUUAAUGAUUGGAAAGGAUGCGUCCACGGGCAAGAACAAACCAGCAAAGGAGUUCGCCAUGAAGUUCAAACCUGAAUAUAGGUUGAAAUCGAUUAAGAUUGAACUACUUGGUCCAUGUGAAGGACACACCACCACUACGAUCAUGACAACAACGACGAUGACACCCACUACGACAACCUCAAUUGCAUCAACGGAUGAUUCUAUUGUCGAGCCAACAGUAACAAUACCGGCCACGUUGAGCUUUCCCACAACUACCGUUACCACCACUAAAUCCACUACAACCCAAACGUCAACCAUGAAACCAGAUAUGACAACUUCAAAAAUGGGUCCACGUAUUGAAAAAUCCUUGCCAAAACUGCAAACCGAAGUUGGAAAAAUAGUGAAGUUUAUUAUUCCGCCUGAGUCGUUUGCCACAACCAAUCCCGACGAGUUAGAACUCCGUUUGGACGGCGACACGCCUGUAUGGUUAGGUUUGGAAGCACGGACAAGGACGUUGUAUAUCAUGCCAACUACAGAUGAUUUCGCUUCCAUGGAUCUUCAUAACAGCACUCAUCAUAUGUGGAAAGGAGGGAUAAUCGCUCGUAAUAAAGAAGGAGUUGAUUCUGAGGCGUUACCACUAGAGAUAUAUGUUCAGAAGGGAACGAGUGAUAAAGAUAUGAAGGCGAAUCACAAAUUUCAGCUCAAUAUAAAGAAUUAUGAACCAACAAACUUUACUUCUAUUGAUCGAAUUCGUCUAAUUGAACUUAUUUGCGACAUAUUUGGAGACGCAGACGCCAGCUCAAUUUAUAUUUGGCCAUUACGUAAAGGAUCUUUGCUUUUCUCGUGGCACAAUACUACUCUUGCAUACAUUGAUCCUUGUCCGUUCAAGAAGAUAGCUGCAAUAGGUAGCAAACUUUUUGCUGGAAAUACUUUCGAACCCAAAGUUAAAGAAAGAUUUAAGGAUAACAACUUCACAGUACAGAAUGUUAACCUCAGCAGACCUUCUUGGUGCGAACUCACUCCGAAUACAACGCCAAAAGACAGGACAACAGCUGUUAAUGUGGCGGUGGCAGGAAAUCAGGGAAAAUCAACAACAAUAAUUAUUAUCGCAGUUGUUGUCGUCUGCUUAGUUUUAUUAAUAAUCAUAUUGGUUUUAAAAUGUCGAAUGGGAAAAAAAGCUACAGCGAAAAAGCAGGAAAUAAAAGAGAAACACGACAGGGAAGAGGCAGCAAUUGCUGCAGGAAAUCCUGAGCUGUUGGACACGCCCCGAAUCAAAAAGGGCGUUCCGAUUAUAUUUCAGGAUGAGAUAGCGAUGGAACCGAACGGCAACGCAAACGCAUCACCAUCCACGCCUCUCAUAGCACAUAAUCACCGUGGAAACGGGGAAAACAGGUCUCCGGCAAUCGUCGAUGAUGAUCAGAUAGUACACGAAGAAACGCAUUUCACUUCUCCUGUUUCACAGCAUCCCAUGACACCGCCGACCCCCAUCAUGUCAGGCAGGCCGCCACCUCCAUAUAUCAAGUCUCGUUGACGUCACUGAUUUACGGCAUAACUUACCUCACACCUCAAACGCACUAUGGUGCAGUCACUGCACGAGUGCACGGUAAUUUGUCACCAAAUGAUUCGAUGACGCUGAAGAAAGGUCGAAAAAAUGACAAACUAAGGAAGGUUGAAUCACAUGCAAGAACCUUAAAAGUCUCAGGCGCAAUCUCAAAACUAUUUUCACACACACCGAAGUUCACUGUAUGCUUUGUUGAAUUCUUGCUUUAAUGUAACUAAGCAAUCGAUUUGCGGCAGUUCCAUCUUUUUACUUUAUUGCAAAAAUUGAUUCAGAAAAUUAUAGAAAUUAUUCGCAGUAAUUAUGUCAUAUUCAAUCCAAUAAAUAAUAGUAAAAUAAAUAAUAAUAGUUUCUUUAUGAAAUAAGAAAAAAAAAAUGGUUGCAGACAAAAAUUACUCACGGCCUUAAAAAAACAGAUUCUUCCACUUAUAUUGGUGGGAAAAUGGCGCGAUCUUCAGAAUAGCAAAUCAUCGAUUCUUGAAUUCCUAUUUCAUUUUUUUUGUUUUUCAAGAAAUUGAGAUAAGUUAGUAAUUUAUUAGAUAUUAUUUUUUAAAUCAAUACGUUAUUUUUAAUUACUUAUGUUUUACGUCACUCUGCUAUGUGCUAUGGAACGCUUUCUGAGCAUACCAUAAUAUUAUCAUGAAAGUAAUGAACGCCUUGACUCUCCAUUAAGUAUCUCAUCUACCAUGCCUGUGAAAUUAAGAUAUAAUAAGGUUUUUGGGCGAUUAACUUUUGCUUUAGCCAAAUGGGAAAAAAAAUACAAAUUGGGUUCUUAUUUUGUCAUUUCGAAUCAGUUCUGCUCAUUUUAUCACAUGUUUCAUGUCACCCAUUUCAUUUAUUAUUAUUAUGUUAUAAUGAUACUUUUAAUAAUAAAACACUGUUCAUUUCUCGUC